AUAAGCACCAUAGGGUCCAACAAAAGCAACUCAAAGGUGGAAGGUUUCUUGCUCUAAUGGCGAUGAAGGGCAUUUUUAAGGGUUUCAAAUACAUCACGCAAAUAUUUGAGAAUGAGAAGGAACAAGAAAUAGUAAUUGGCAACCCCACAGAUGUAAAACAUGUUGCACACAUUGGUUGGGAUGGUCCAUCUGCAAAUACACCAAGUUGGAUGAAUGAGUUUAAAGGUACUCCAGAAGUGUCCUCAAUGUCUUCAAAUGGUGAAGUUAAGGCGCAAUCACCAAACAAAGAUUCAUUGCUCCAAGAUAUUACGGAAAUGUCAAAGCCAUCGGGUGACCCGUUGGACUGCCUGCCCCGACAUAGUUCUAACAAACCAAAGCAAUCUAGGCGGGGAAGCAAUUCAAUGGAUUCCCCGACCCGAGAUCCAAAUAAGCCUCGACGACACAAGAAUUCAGGUAGUUUCGAUUCCCCGACCCGAGAAUCGUCUAAACGGGCUAUCCGACUCCAAAAUUCCAACCUCGGGCUGGACUCAACUUCUCAAGAUCCGCACCCACCCAAGAUGCCAAAAAAAUCUCGUGGAAAGACAUCCAAGGGCACAUCAAGUGUUGUGUCGAAUAGAUCAUCUAAAUCUAAAGGUCCUAGCUCAUUGACCGGAAAUAAUCAAUACUCGGAUCCUGGAUCUGGGCAAGGGGUAAAUAACAAUGGGACGUGCCCAAAUUCAGUUUUGGAAAUGUAUGAAGACGGGAAAGAAUGUGAUGCGAAAUCAAGAGGAAUUCGAGCCUUGUAAAUUAUAGAGAUUUUAUACAUAAUUUAUUUAUGCAUGUA